CAAUCCUAAACGAUAACGCAAAACAUUUGCUCAACAGAUUGGAAAAAUAUGCCAUCAUUAAGGAACUUUUGACUCUUGUGGAAAAACUAUUAAACAAAUUGGAAAAUAAAAAUGCUUAUAUAGAGACUGGAUUAAUUUGUCUAAUAGGAAGUACAAUGAAGUUAGAAGCAAAUAUAGAAAAGUCAGACUAUGCUGAUUUGGAAAAAGAAUCUAUAUUACAGUUGGAAAAUGUUUUAAAAAGUGUAAAUAUGUCACUCUAUGACUAUAAACUGUUAAUAUUGAUGAAAAUUCGAAGCAACGACGAAUUCCUUAGGAAUAAAUCUCAAACUCUGAUGCAGGCAAAAGAAAAGCUUCAAACGUCGAUUCCUGAAGAAAUGAAAUUCUUUAAGGAACUGUUGCAAAAAGUUUUCAAUACUCUCG